CUCCUUCUCACUUCCACCUUUUCUCCUCUCUCUCUCUAGUCUCUCUUUUGUAGCUCCCUACUACAUAGAGAGGAAGAUGAGUCUCUCUAUCAUCUUUAUCUUCUUCUAUGCAAUGCUCUGAGCUCUAUCUACCUAAUAACCAAAAGAGAAAAUCCAACAAUAUUAGAAGAUCUUUCUUCUCUUAUUCUUGAGUUUAUCCACAAUGGCAAUUCUUAAGGAGGAAGAAAGCAGAGAAAAGCAGAACAUUUCGUCUCUUCUUGAUGCUCUCUACUGCGAAGAAGAGAAAUGGGAAGACCAAGAAGAAGAGAACUCUUCCUUUUCCUCUUCUUCUACUUCUCCAUUGGUUCUUCUGGAGCAAGAUUUGUUGUGGGAAGACAAAGAUCUGAUCACUCUCUUCUCCAAAGAAGAAGAACAAAGACUCAGCAGCUGUCUCGACGAUCUUUAUCUCGACACGGAUCGUAAAGAUGCCGUGUGUUGGAUCCUAAGAGUCAACGCUCAUUAUGGUUUCUCCACUUUGACUGCUGUUUUAGCCAUAACGUACCUAGACAAGUUCAUGUGUAGCUGCAACUUACAAAGAGACAAACCAUGGAUGCUUCAGCUAGUCUCAGUUGCUUGUCUCUCUCUAGCUGCUAAAGUUGAAGAAACCCAUGUCCCUCUUCUUCUUGACUUCCAAGUGGAGGAGACAAAGUAUGUGUUUGAAGCCAAAACCAUACAGAAAAUGGAGUUACUGCUCCUCUCUACACUCCAAUGGAAGUUACAUCUCAUUACUCCACUUUCGUUUCUAGACCACAUCAUCAGGAGAUUGGGUCUUAAGAACAACUCUCACUGGGAUUUCCUCAACAGAUGUCACUGUCUCAUCCUCUCUGUAAUCUCCGAUUCAAGAUUUGUCGGCUACCUCCCAUCAGUUGUUGCAGCAGCUACCAUGAUGAGGGUUAUAGAUCAAGUUGAGGAGUUUGACCCUCUUUCACACCAAACUAACCUUCUCAAUGUCCUUAACAUAACCAAGGAGAAAGUGGAAGCUUGCUACAACCUCAUCCUCCAAUUACAAUCAGAUCACAUGGGUUUACACAUCGAAACCCAAUCUCGCCGCAAACGCAAAAAUCGCGACUCAUCGUCGUCGUUGAGCAGUCCAAGCUGCGUGAUCGACACAAACCCGUUCAAUACCGACGAAAGCUCAAACGAUUCGUGGUCAGCGACUUCUUCGCCUUCGCCACCGGUGAAGAAGACGAAGACGGAGAAACCGAUUUUGCAUCUGCCGUGGGCGAUCGUUGCCACUCCUUAG